AGAUCAGAUCCGCGAGAGGGCAGUGGCGCAUCUGUGAUUGUUGGACGCUGACCUCGAAACAGAACGUAGAAGAAGAAGACGCAGCCAGUUUGUAGCGGCAAUGAAAGGACAGCGUGCUACCUCCAAUUUAAGCAAAAUAUAAGUGUACAUUAGAGGAGAUAACUAUCAAAUCACAGUCAAGCCUAAUUUGGUUUGUUGAAAAAACUCUUAAGACUGCGUCGGGAAGAUGUCUUUGGUUUGUGCAAUCUCCAGUGAGGUGCCGGAGCACCCGUGUGUCUCUCCGGUCUCAAACCAGGUGUUUGAACGCAGGCUGAUAGAGAAGUACAUCGCAGAGAAUGGGACGGACCCGAUGAACGGACAACCCUUGUCUGAAGAGCAGCUCGUAGAUAUCAAAGUCUCACAUCCUAUUAGACCAAAGGCACUCACAAGCAUCCCUGCCAUUCUCAAGUCCCUUCAAGAUGAGUGGGAUGCUGUUAUGCUCCACAGCUUCACCUUGCGGCAGCAGCUGCAGACCACUCGCCAAGAACUGUCACAUGCACUCUACCAACACGAUGCCGCCUGCAGAGUCAUCGCUCGACUCACCAAAGAGGUCACUGCUGCGAGAGAAGCCCUCGCCACACUCAAGCCCCAAGCUGGAUUGGUUGCUCCUCAGGCAAUUCCUGCCUCUCAGCCAGCUGCAGCAGGUGCAGGUGGAGAGCCUAUGGAGAUUAGUGAACAGGUGGGAAUGACCCCAGAGAUCAUCCAGAAGCUCCAAGACAAAGCUACUAUCCUCACCACAGAGAGAAAGAAGAGAGGAAAGACUGUGCCAGAGGAGCUGGUCAGAGCAGAGGAUCUCGGUAAAUACCGCCAAGUGGCUUCCCAUGCUGGUCUUCAUAGUGCCAGUGUUCCUGGUAUUCUGGCUUUGGAUCUGUGUCCCUCAGACACCAACAAAGUGCUCACGGGUGGAGCUGAUAAAAACGUGGUGGUGUUUGAUAAGAAGGACGAGCAGAUUGUGGCAACACUUAAGGGUCACACCAAGAAGGUUACCUCUGUCAUUUACCAUCCAUCUCAGUCUGUGGUCUUCUCUGCAUCUCCAGACACCACCAUCCGUGUGUGGUCUGUUACUGGAGGCAACUGUGUCCAGGUUGUGCGUGCCCAUGAGGCAGGUGUCACUGGACUCUCUCUACAUGCUACUGGGGACUACCUGCUCAGCUCUUCUGAGGAUCAGUACUGGGCCUUUUCUGAUAUCCAGACUGGCAGAGUCCUUACCAAAGUUACUGAUGAAAGUGCUGGCUGCGCUCUCACCUGUGCUCAGUUCCACCCUGAUGGUCUCAUUUUUGGCACUGGGACGGCUGACUCUCAAAUCAAGAUCUGGGAUCUGAAGGAGCGCACCAAUGUGGCCAACUUCCCUGGCCACUCUGGUCCUGUCACCUCCAUUGCUUUCUCUGAGAACGGAUACUAUCUGGCCACAGGUGCCCAGGAUAGCUCUCUGAAACUGUGGGAUCUGAGGAAACUGAAGAACUUCAAGACCAUCACUCUGGACAACAACUAUGAGGUGAAGUCCCUCGUGUUCGAUCAGAGUGGCACCUACCUGGCUGUAGGAGGGUCUGACAUCCGCGUAUACAUUUGCAAGCAGUGGUCUGAGGUCCUCAACUUCACAGACCAUACAGGAUUGGUGACUGGAGUGGCCUUUGGAGAGAAUGCUCAGUUCCUAACCUCUGCAGGAAUGGACAGAAGUCUCAAAUUUUACAGUUUGUAAAAGAGGAAAUAAUUCAGGAUGGUGAGAGGUGGACAACAAAGUAUCUCUAUGUCCUGGACACAGACUUAGCAUAGACUGAUAAUAUUUAGAAAAAAGAAAAAAAAAAUCUAACUGCUAACUUUUGCAUCUUUAGUGUGUUAGUUCUCAUGCCCAGGAAAGUGAUUGCCUGAAAUUAUCUAUUUGAAACCACAGCAGCAUGGCUGGAAUAACAACAAUGAAGUUUAAAUAAUACAACAGCCAGUGUAAUGUUCCUGUUUGAUUUGCCAGCAAUUAUAAUUUUACUGUAGUAUUUUUUUUUUCUGUUUCGGGGAAGGAACGGGGGUCUAAAAUUGCUUGUAAUACAACUCCAAAGUGUUGCAGUACACAGUGUAGUAAACUGUCCACAUACAGUGGAGAACUAUGUGGUGAUGACAUACAAUUGACCAUGUGCUUUGCUUCUUAAUGUAGAUCAGUGUCCUUAUAUUAUCUUUAGGGUAAGAUGAAAAUACAUUUGUAGUGAUUACAGUACAGUUAAGAUGAUGAUGAGCAGGUGUGAGAUUCAUGUUCCUCUGGCAAAUUCAGUCUUGCUGAACUUCCCCUCAUUUUCAUUUGCUGUUUCAUUUGUUCCAAGCUUUUUUUUGUCACUGUACAUUUCUCAUUUCUAUUUUAUCUGUUUUAUCUCUGCCCUUUUACAUAAAAUAAAAUAUCUUUUGUAUUGCUGUACAAGAGUUUGUCAGAUUAAGACUGAUGGCACAGUUGGCUCCUCUGAAGGAAAUGAAAAAUAAAUGUUCCUUGGUUUUCUGACAUUUCCACAAAUAACAAGAUACUCAGUAAGGGCAUAUUAGCCUAUAGCUAGUAGAACUACCCUUUAUUAAUUAUCUACUGAUCAAUUUGUUAAUCAUUGUGGACAAAAUUCUAAAUUGUCUAAAGUCAAUUUUUUCAGUGGAGAAAGAGUAGAAUUUAUUAGUCCACAAUAUUAUUCAACUUUUUGGUUGGGAAAAUCAUUGCAGCACAUUUCAUCACUGAAUAAUUUUUCCUUCAGAACUACAACAUAAUGAGUCCCUGGGGGGCUGUUUAUUCCCCAGGGACUUUCCCUAUGAAGAGGAUGUUUUGUUGCCAAGGUCAUGUCAGUCUAGGAAAUGCAUUUUGGUGAUAAUGACCCCAUGUUUUAUAUGCAUCUGGCAGUGCUGCGCUGUAACUAAAUACUUUUUCUCAAGAACU